AUGGGCCAAGAGAACGUCGAGAUCACCGGAAGAGGUCGAACUAUCGAUGGGCAUGUCAGACGACUUCGAAACGGCUAUUGCACAGGGCAGUACAAGUGUCCGAGUUGGCAGCAAGAUUUUUGGGCCGAGAAUCUACAAAUGCUGGAUUCAGAACUAAUGCCCUUCAUAAAAACUGAUUUCUCUAUCCCUUUGAGCGAAAUAACGCGAGAAAAGACCAGUGGAGAAACUGACGAUGAUGGCGGAGGUAGUACGUUCAGACCAGUAUGUUUUAAAUGUCGUGUUUUUGAUGGUCCUCCUGGAUCUGCUUAUGCUGAAUUUGGGGGUACGAAAGUUUUGGCAAGAGUCUCUGGUCCCGUCGACGAUCCAAACGGUGAUCCUAACACAGCAACAUUGUCGCUGAAAAUGAAAGGGGUUUCCGAGGAAGUUCGAAUUGGAUCACAAAUUCUCUCUGUGAUCAAAACGUGUGUAAUGGCC